CAAUCAAUCAAUAUCAGUCCAGUUCUUAGGGUUUUGUAAGGCGCCGGGGACGUGCGUGCUACGGCAGCGCGCGAGCGAGGGCGAGCCAUGGCGGGCUUGUGACAACAGCAUGCUCGUUGCGGGUGCUGCCGCCGCCGCCGCCGCUCUUAGAUCUUCUCACGACGAAUUCGCGUUCUUGCAAGGUAGGGUAAGGAGAAAAUGCUGUCCUCGGCGCAGUUGCGGCUCAUGUCCGACCUCAAAGCGAUCCAACAGGAGCCGCCGGAGGGAUGUAGCGCGAGCCCUCAAGGCGAAGAGAAUCUCUUUGUGUGGGGAGCGACGGUGUUUGGGCCGGAUGAAACCCCGUGGGAAGGAGCGAUCUUGCCACUUCGUCUCACGUUUGGCGAGCACUAUCCGGCAAAGCCACCGCGCGUAAGAUUCACGUCGGAAGUUUUCCAUCCCAAUGUCUACAGUGAUGGCGCUCUCUGUAUGGAUAUCAUCCAGGACGCUUGGUCUCCCUGCCAUAACGUGAGCACGAUUCUCACAUCCAUUCAGUCACUUCUUACUGAUCCAAAUCCCGCGAGUCCAGCGAAUCCGGAAGCUGCUCAUAUGUAUCAAAACGAUCUCCAAGCAUACAACAGGAGAGUUCGCCAGUGCGUGAGAAAAUCCCUGGAAAUAUAGUAGCAUGGCUUGCAACAAGAAAGAAAUAUAAUCUCUUUACCUGUGGUGUACCUAUUAGCUUCGAAAUACUCAAAACUAUUAACGUGAA